GUUUUUCAGUUUCAAGCCGAAUAAUUUCCAUCGUCUUCCCAUGUUUUUCCAUCCUGUUAGAUCAUCCCUAAUCUCAUUAUAGCAAGCCAGUAUCGUCCCUAUGAUUCUCGUUAUUUCUAUGUUUCUUCAACUAUCAAGGAGGAAAAGCUUAUUCUAAAACUGGUGGUCAUGCAGGAAGAUGGAGGCAUGGACGCACGCAAGCAUGCAUCGCACGCGAGCCAGUAUGCGGCAAGCACACAGCACGGAGGCAACCAGGUAGCACGCACGCAUGCACGCACGCCGCACGCACGCACGCACGCACGCACGACGUACGUAUGCAUGCAUGCAUGCAUGCAUGCACGCAUGCACGCAUGCAUGCACGCAUGCACUCGCUCACGCAAGACUUUUGCUCGAUCUUACUCAGUCAGACUCUUCGAAGAAAAAUAUAUUCUUAUAAAUUGGUAAACGAGCGUAACGAAUAAUGAAAACGAUCGAUAACGACGAAACGAACGAUAUCUGGUAUUUUCGGAAAAUACGAGGACUGUGUGUAUGGUCGAUGAGAUAGAAGGAGAGAGGGAGAGAGAGAGAGAGGCAGAGAGAAAGGCUCCGGGAGUUUUGAAUUUGGCGCGGUUCCGUUAGUCGCACGGCAGCCAUAUUGACUGUAUACUCCCGAGCAACUUGGACGAUGUUUGUGCGUACCUGGCACGAUCGCUGCUCUCUCGCGUUCACCGUUUUAUUCGCCGUGUAAACGCUUUGGUAUCAAGCGUCAUUCGAUCGGCCGGUCGUUCGAACGCUUUUCGAUUUAGUUUAUUUCUUUUGACAUGUCAAGCCAAAUAUGCUUAAAGUGGAACAGCUUCCUGAACAAUAUCGCGACGAGCUUCGAGAGUCUUUGGGAGGAAGAAGGCCUGGUGGACGUGACACUCGCGAGUGACGGACAGUGUCUCACAGCCCACAAAGUGAUACUUUCUGCCAGUAGUCCUUUCUUCAAGAAAGUCUUCCAGGCUAAUCCAUGCCAGCAUCCAGUCAUAAUAUUGCAAGAUGUACGUUUUAGCGAACUCGAGGCAUUACUCAUAUUUAUAUAUAAAGGAGAGGUUAAUAUCGAACAGAAAAAUUUGCCUGCUUUGUUGAAAGCAGCUGAAACAUUGCAAAUACGUGGCUUGUCGGGAGGAGAUAUUUUUGCUAAGGAUCAGUAUAAGAGGUUGGCAGAAUUGGAACAGGCUGUAGCCGAAGAGGAUAUACCUGUUGUUAAGGAAGAAGCACCUAAAAAGAAACAAAAAGUUUGUAAACAACAUAACAAUUCUAUUUUGGAGAAGGCUUUAACUCCAAGAAUAUCGCAAUCUGAGAAUACCAGUGAAUCGAAUGAAAGCGAACAAAGUGGAAAGGACACUGAUCAUGGGUCAUCCGAUGCAUUGUCCAAUCCUGUGUUUCAUCGUUUAGAAAUGAAAAUAGAACCAUUGGAGAUGAUGCCCGAAGACUUACAAAAGCGAACAUCAACGGAUAAAGAUCCAGUGGAAAGACUGGACACUGGGCAAGUGGACGGUAUGCAAGGGUCUUCGAAGCCGGCCGUGACGAUAAUCGCGGAAGCACAGGAAAGUUCGAGUUUUCGAGUCUCCGAAAGAAUUCCGGAGGAGAGUCGAGGUCGGAAAGGUUCAAAGGAUGGAAAGGACGGAUCUCCUUGGUCGACCGUACAAAAUCAAGGAGAAUCUGGGCUCCUCGAGUUGGAACGUCCUCCCAAGGAAGAAGCGACGACAGAAACAACAACAGAAGCGACGACAGAUUCCUCCUCGUGCUUUUCGUUGGAGCACGUCGCUGGUGGAGGAUCCCGUUCGAGUUUCUCUCCUGCCUUCCCUUCGUCCAGUGGUUCGGAGUUUUCAGAGGAGACCGUCAAAGGAGGUCCCGCAUAUCCGCCUUUUCCCUGUCCCUUUUGCGAUCGUGCCUACACCAGCUGGGGCUUUCGAAGAAGACACAUCAAAGCCGUUCAUACUGUAUCGCCAUCCCUUCAUUGCAAGUGGUGUUUACAGGUUUUACCUACGCAUGCCGCUUGGAGACGGCACGUUAUAUCCGCGCACAACCUGUCGGCGAAUGACGCCCACAACGGUCUAUUGAUCUUAGAAGAGGCGCAUAUGGUCCUGCAGAUAGCUCGACCAACAAGAUUGGAUACCCUGGUGAACAUUAUCAAGCAAAGUUCCCAACAAAACGAUAAUUCUCAGCUUGAGAAAGAUUGAAACUUUUCUUUCAAGGAUUCUACCUACACGUUUCUAUUGACAUGCAGCUGCAGAUAGAAGAGUAGAAAAAACUCAUAAACGAAGCAGCUCACCUUUAUAAAUCACCGUUACCGUUCCUUCCUACAAUGCUGUUUGUCACAAUUAGCGACUUAAUGAUCCAGGUAUAUAAGUUCUUUUCAUUUCUCUAAAUUUUUGUGCAAACGAGUAUAUAUCCCUUUUAUUUAGGAACAAAAAAAUCUUUUCUGUGCCGAAUAUGGGAUUUCUCUAAUUAUCGUGUCGUUAAGAUGCCAACAAAAUUAGCUUUAAUGCCAUUGUAAACGUGGUUAUUCCUUCCUCGUAUUUAUUGCACUAUAUUUAGGAAAUUAUAGCGACAACAUCUCUUUAUCUCGCUCUCUCUCUCUCUCUCUUCCGGUAACCAUUAUCACGUAUAACAUCCUAAACGUAAUUUUAUUUUAAUUAUACAGAUUUUAUAAUAAAAUUUAUAUUUUAUUUAACAUAGGUAAUCUUGUAAAAGGGUUACGAUAAUGGGACUCAUACGUAGUUUUCCUUUUUUUUUUUUUUUUUUUUUUUUUUUUUUUAAUAUAUUUUAAAUCGUUUAUUUAUUUUUAUAUUUUAUUUUUUUUUUUUAUAAUAAUUGUACAUUAUCCGUAUCUUAUUAUUGCUUAUAUUUCGUUGCAAGCGAUACUUGUAUAGUCGAUAAGAUUAAUCAUAGCUCAUAUAAAUUGCUAUAAUUUAUCGAGGAAUUGCGCUCGAAUGUGGGACGUAUGAAGUGCGCUUUUUUUCGUGGCUUCGUGCAAUCAGUCCCGUUGACAAAUCAAAAUAUGCGUCUCGUUAGAUAUUUUCGGAGAUCGCGGAAAAGGAGACAAAUACAUUCCUUAAGUUACGUGAGAGAAUGAGACAUGCGAGACACAUAAUGUGCCAUUAUCUAUUUGAUUAUGAAGGAAUUUGGUGAUGAAGGAAACGCAAUCGGAAAUUCGAAAAUUUUAUCGAAAUAUAUUCUCUUCUUACCAUAUGCCGUGUCGCUAAUCACUCAGAACGUAUUCAGACACUGAGAGGCGCUUUGUUUCAAAGGAAAUAUUGUACGUCGGACAGAAGAUAUUUUUGAUCUUCUAGGAGAAAUCUAUGUAGCUCAUUUCAAGAUAUUCGUAAUAACUAUGACAUCGAAAAAUUGUGACUAUUGGUUUAUCAAAAAGUUUCGGUAAAAUAUACAUAUGUACAAGAAUAUAUUCUAAGUAAUUAGCGACGCGUUUUCUUUCUAUCUCUCUCUCUCUCUCUCUCUCUCUCUCUCUUUCUCUUUCUCUCUCCUCUAUCCCUCUCUCUCUCUCUCUCUCUCUCUCUUUCUCUCAUAAAUUUAGAGUUCGGAAACGUAGCCUUCGACGACGAUUCCAGGAGCUAAUUCGGUAGUAACGCUCUCGGAGACGUCGCCGGCAUCGUUGCGAUCUCCACCAGCAGACCAGGCACCUUCUCUACCGUACUUCUCCGACAUUCUUAUCAUUUCGUUGGGACUCCACUCGGAGGAGUCUCUCCGGCUUCCGCCGAUUCUGUAAACGACGUUGGAUUCGUAGUGUUCCUCGCGACUGAUCGGACGUCCGUAUGGAGAGGGCGAAGGAACGUAACUAUCAUAGACGGCGGUACGUUUCAUCGAGGCACGUUGAUGCGGAGUUUUCCUUAGCAUCGCCUGUGCGAAAGACCGUCAAUCGUAUCGAUGAAUAUUUCUAUUAUCUAUAUGUAAUCCGAGCUAUCUCAAAUUUUCGUUUACCUGAAAAUUGAAUGGUGGUUGAUCCUCGCCGUCGUCGUUGCUAUGCUUACGGCCCAGCAUUUGCAGCUCAUGUAUCGGAUUCACGCUGAAAAAUAAAGUUAUCACGUAGAUUUAUGUAGGUAUCGAGUCGACGAACAAUUGGCAAGUUACGAACGAACCGAUUGCUUGCGACGGCGCUGGUAUUCCGAUUAACUUUGUCAUCGAAUUCCCAAUCGUUUCCGCUGUCGAAAUUAUUUCUAGCUCGAGCCUCCGAGUUGUGAACGUCGUAGCUGCGACUCGGCGGGACUGGUGACACUUGGCCGAACGGCGGAAUAGGAAGAGGCGGUGCAUUCUUCUUAGAGCGUAUUGACCCAAUAUUCUCGUAAUUAAUCUAAUUACGGUAUAUUCAAUGCUGAGAUAAUAAUAAAAUUAUUACGCGAGAAUAGAAUCAAUGUGGAACUUACUGAGUGAGGAUUAUGAGCGUUAGAAGAUCGUGCGGGACUAUGGUCGAUCGCGGGUAGUUGGGCUCCGACAUUGCCGGCUUUGGCCCGGUUCGAAUCUUCCGGUGGACAUCGGACCGGGACAUUCGGGUCCCUGGAAAACGGAGUGUUGAUCAAACUCUGUCCCUCGCUGCCCGACGGGUCUUGUUGUGCCACGCGAUGUGGCGAGUUCGUCGUUUGAACCUCGACGUCUGAAAAAUGCAGAGAGAUCCGAUCGAGAAUGAGUUCCCCUCGAGCGAGUCAUUCCGACGACCGCUAUUUACUCUUUCCUCUUUUUAUUAUUUCUUCCUCGAUGCACGAAGAUCGUUUCACUCUCUUUUCUUUGCUUUUCAAAGGGCCCGAGGCUAUCUGUAUAAGAUAUCGAACGGUAGACCGAUCGGAAGAAGAUCGUAUUGCGCGACCGUAUUGCGCCUCCCUUAUCAUUUCAAUUCGUUCCGUCUUAGAUCGUUCUUAUAGCAAGGGAGGAUGAGUAUCUGUGCGAUGCUUGGCUGUUCGUGAACGCGAAUGCGCGAGAUGGAGAGAGCGCGAUCGAUCGAUCGAUCGAGUUUGUAGCGAAACGAAAGGAAAUUUUGCUUUAAAAAUGAUUACCUGCUGAUUUACCUAUUUCUUCCAAUGUUAUUUUUCUCAAUAUAUUGGCUAAUCGAUAAUACGGCGAGUCGAUGAUACGAAUUAAAACGAUGAACAGUUUUGCAAACAGAGAAGCCUCUUACUCAAUGGUUGACUUAAUUUUGUUUAGCGAUUGGCUGCUUUUACUGUAAUAUUCCUUUCUUCAGGAGAAUGAAUCAGAGCGUGAACGAGGUGAAAGUAGUUUGCGCUUCGUGCUCGAAGGUGCUUCGUGGAAAGAGGACGAAGCGACGGGUGAUCCGAGCUUUUUGAUCGCGCGGCCGGAGAGAUGGAACGAAAAGCACCUCUGGUACGAACGUUGCUGUUGGGCCAAGGCACCGUUUGUCUCCUUAAUGGCGCGUCCCAGGGCUCGUGCUCGUCGUCAGACACCGAGGUCGACAUGGAUCUGCAGAACGUAUUUCUCAAUUGACGCCAAAGCUCAUCGUCAAAGCUCAGACGACACUUAUCUUCGAUAGAGACAUACGUCAUACAACGAAGGAGAUGUACGUGCGACAAAGAUCAGAGAAGAGACUAGGACAUGACACAGACAAACACAGGGCUAUGGGCGUAAAAGGCAAGCGUAAAGAACGAAAGCUGGAGCGUGUCGUUUGCCGAUCGCAAAAACUUUCGCGAUGCAGGAGCUCUCUCUCUCUCUCUCUCAAAUCUUCAUUUAAAUCUAUAUUUUCUAUAUUUUCCUUUAAUCGACUUCGUACGUAAUAGUUAUCUAUCGAAAGCCCUGUUUCGACGACAGUUUUUGCAUACUCGGGAAUAGGACUAGGGUGGAAAGCAGAAAAUACUUCACUGUAGACUCACCCUGCGCUCUUCUUUUUCCCCGUGGGAUUGUUCAUAUAACUCGUAUCGAAGUAUGGCAUAUCGUGAUAAAUGUCGAAGGGUAGCUUGUGAACUUGGGGUGGUUUCAUCUGGCCUAAGUAUGUGGAUGCUUUAAUGCCAGGGUCGAUUUUAUCUAAGGGUACUCGUUCAUUCGUCGCUUCCAGCGUCCCCGCUAUCGCUUGAUUGAACAGGUGUACCUAAAAAGGGUAGAAAGGUAUAUCCUAGAGAUAGAUAUAUUGUUUUUCUUUUUUCUCUUUUUUUUUUGUUUUUCUUUUCCUCUGAGACGGCGAGUCGCCUCCGAGAGAAGAAUCUCUUGAGAGAGAGAGAGAGAGAGAGAGAGAGAGAGAGAGAGAGAGAGAGAGAGAGAGAGAGAGAGAGAGAGAGAGACUCACUUGUUGCGAAAAUUGCACGAGGUCUUGAUAGCGGGCUGCACGGUAACGUAGGAGGACUUGGAAUAUGCUCUUCGACCUCCAUUUGCUGCUGUAGAAUUUGAUGAAGUCCUUCGUCUCCUGUUCCAUAUCCCCCUUCAGCAACGGAGCCAUUUCCUUCCUCACGAUGUGGCCCCUGUAUGCUGUUGCAGGAUCGUCAGAUUUUCGAUUUGACAAAUCGAGAAUUUUGUCUCUUUCCCUUACCUUUCUGUAUCAUCAGCGCAGCUUCCUCUUGCGUCAUAUCUAUCGACGGCUCCUUCUUCCUUAUCGACGCUUUCUUCACUGAAACAAUACCGAUUAGAAUCGCGCGAGAAAUAUCGUUCUUACUUUUGGCGUCACCUUUACAUACCAACUUGUUUCUUCAGGUUGAUGACUUUGCUCGCGAUGUUCUUGCGCGCCAAAAACGCUCUCAUCAUGCAUUGUACCUUGACGAUCUUCUUCACUUGGGUCUCGUACAAUCGCGAUAAAUAUUCCUCGUUGUAAUACUUUAGAAAUACUUUAGUUUUCCCGAUGAUCCAUCCUUCCAUUUUUAAUCUUACUAAAAGCAGUCGACAAUUGUCCUUAGUUAUCUCUACGUUCUCGUCGAAGUCAAAGGCCAAAAAUUUGUACCUGCGGGAAAUGUCAAUCGUUAUCACAUUAUUUUCUACCUAUAUAUCUACUCGUCUUUUUAUUGGAUAUAAAAAAAAAAAGGAUAAAACGAAGGAAGAACCUUCGAAGGAAUUCCUGAAAGGUUAUUCUGUAUGGGUAGCCUCGUUGUCUAGCCUUGGCGGUGUCUAAUACGGCCAAUGCUCUGAUUUGUUGCCUGACUACGUCGCGAUAAAAACCUUGUGGUAUACCCUCGAGAUCGGCACGAAUGCAUCUGACGAAGUGUAUACCACCGCUUCCACCGCCCACCAGGAGGCUCUUCAAAAUUUCGAGACUGGUGGAUCGAAAUGUCGCCGCGCAGGUUCUCAUCUUGCGAGUUUGCGAAUAUUGUCCCUUCGAAGCAGUGUUGUAUUUCUACCGACAAAAUGGAAAGGGAAAAAGCGUCUCAUUAACUACGGCUUGAUUUUCGAAGGUUAUCUCGAAUUUUUAUUUUUUUUUACCCUAAGUUUUAUAUUCUCUUGUAUGAUAGCUCCCCAUUUACUUUUCGGCAUUUUCUUCUCCUCCUCUGUUUUCUGAUUAUCCACCACUAUCGUAAGAUUACCAGCUUUCGUUAGCUUGUUCGUGAACAUAUCUUUGACGAUAUCGAAAAAGGACUGUCUCAGUGUUUCGAUCAUCUCAGGCGGAACAAAGUCGCGAUUUUUCUCAGAGAUCUCGCUCGCGUCGUAAACGAGUUUACCGGUGUAAUGGGCUAUGGUAAAUUCGUGCGAGCUUAUUUGUUUUAUAUGUGUCCCUUGUAUUUCGUGUUUUAUCUUUUCGAAAAUAUAUUGAACGUCCUGGAGUUGUCUCGA